UAUAUAUAUCUUUUGUUUUGCAUUAUCUUAAUCAUGCUCGCCAUCUGUUUGCACUUGUUUUUAGAACCUUUUAUAACAAUUAAACCCAUUUUAACUCCACUGUCGCAUUUCUUAUGUUGCCCCCUCCUUCACAUUUUGACACCUCCUGUCGGGGAGGUAACAAUCUCAACAACGAAAUAUACAUUUAAACCACAUGCAGUUUAUACAUUUGUUUUAGACAUUUCUCUAAGUUCCUCCAAUAAUGGUCAAACAUUUUCUAUAAAAAGGCUGCAUUUGAGGCGGGCUCCCCCUUUAGCAGCUUCAAGAUGGCUUCCAGAGAGGACACGCCCUGAGGUAUCCAGCAGGGAGCGAUGUCCGCGGGCCAGCGGCCUCGAGAGUUUGCUGCCUUUAGUGUCUUCAGUGGAGGAAACCCCUGAGCCCAUCCCCACCACUAUCAAAGGAACUAUUCCAGCUUGGAUCAAUGGAAGCUUCCUGAGAAACGGCCCUGGGAAGUUUGAGUUUGGGGAUGACAGAUACAACCACUGGUUUGAUGGCAUGGCCCUGAUGCACCGGUUCCACAUCUGUCAGGGAAGCAUAACUUACUGCAGCCGCUUUCUAAGAAGUGAUUCAUACGUCAACAACUCAGAGAAGAACCGCAUCGUGAUUUCAGAGUUUGGAACAUCAGCCAUGCCUGAUCCCUGCAAGAACUUUUUGGAGCGCUUCUUGUCACGCUUUCAGUUGCCAAAGGCUACAGAUAAUGCUAAUGUGAACUUUGUCAAGUACAAGGGAGACUAUUAUGUCAGCACAGAAACCAACUACAUGAGAAGAGUGGAUCCGCAAAGCCUGGAGACAAAAGAGAAGGUCGACUGGAGUCAGUACAUUGCUAUCAACUCAGCUACAGCUCACCCACACUAUGACCAUGAAGGAGCUUCAUACAACAUGGGCAGUUCUUAUGGCAGAAGUGGUUAUUUCUACAACAUCAUCCGCGUCCCUCCUCCGACGACAGCAACGGAGGACUCGGCAGACCUGACAGGAGCGGAAGUGAUCUGCUCCAUCCCUGCUGCUCAAUCUAGAAAACCCUCCUAUUUUCACAGCUUUGUCAUGUCGGAGAACUACAUCGUGUUUGUUGAGCAGCCGAUCAAGCUGGACCUGCUGAGGUUCAUGCUGUACAAGAUACAAGGAAAGCCUUUUCAGAAAAUCAUGACCUGGGAGCCUCGAUGUGACGUGAUCUUCCACCUGGUGGACAAGCACACAGGCCAGGAGAGUGAGGUGAAGUAUCGAGCAGCACCCAUGUUCACUCUGCAUCAGAUCAACGCCUUUGAGGACAACGGCUUCUUGGUGAUGGACAUGUGCUGUGGAGACGACGGGGAGAUCAUUGGGGACUUCACCUUGGAGAACCUGCGGAGAGAAUCUGUACAGGAAAUGGAUGAGUUUUACAACUCAUUGUGCAGAAACCUCCCAAGGAGAUACGUCCUGCCUCUGAAUGUGGACGAGCAAACUCCACUGGACCAAAACCUCGUCACGCUGAGUUACUGCAAAGCCACGGCAACGAAGACAAAACCAGGGGAGGUUUAUGUGACCCACGAGGAGCUUCACGGUGAUGAGCUGCUGCAGUACGGUGGCCUCGAGUUUCCUCAGAUCAAUUACAACAAGCACAACGGUAAACCUUACCGUUACUUUUAUGCGUGUGGAUUUGGACACGUAUUCGCCGACUCCCUUCUCAAGAUGGAUGUCCGUACCAAAGAGCUAAAGGUGUGGCGUUAUCCCGGCUUGUACCCGUCUGAGCCUGUCUUUGUUGCUUCGCCCAAAGCUGCUGAGGAAGAUGAUGGAGUGGUGUUGUCAGUCAUCAUCACACCUAGAAAGGAGAAAAGUACUUUCCUGCUUGUUCUGGAUGCCAAGACCUUCACAGAGCUGGGAAGAGCCGAAGUCCCUGUCAAUAUCCCGUGUGGGACCCACGGCGUGUUUAACGAGAUGGGCUAGAUGCGCCACUUUUCGCAACUUCAUAGCAAUUUUCUGAAACAGAUCCAGCAGCCAUCCACUUUCUCCAGAGGAUAGAAAAUCUCUCUUGAUAUCAAUGCACUCCGGUGCUGGGGAAAACCUGAGGAUGGGAUGUAAGAGCUGAGGAAAACUGCAGAAUCAUUUUGUUUGAAAGGAACUGAUGCAUUUCAUCACUGCUGGCUGCAGAAACUAACACGUUUUUAGAAAAUGGGCUGAUCAUCUUGCUGAUUGUAUGUUUUUUUUUAGAUAAGAACCACAUAUGAAAAUAAACGUUUCACCAUUU